ACAUCGUGAUGGAGACUCCUCUCGAGAAGGCGCUGACCACGAUGGUCACCACGUUUCACAAAUAUUCGGGGAGAGAGGGUAGCAAACUGACCCUGAGUAGGUGGGAACUAAAGGAGCUGAUCAAGAAGGAGCUGUGUCUUGGGGAGAUGAAGGAGAGCAGCAUUGAUGACCUGAUGAAGAGUCUGGACAAAAACAGCGACCAGGAGAUCGACUUCAAGGAGUACUCGGUGUUCCUGACCACGCUGUGCAUGGCCUACAAUGACUUCUUCCUAGAGGACAGCAAGUGACGGGGGCUCCCCUUUGCCCUCAUCCUC